AUGAACGCUCUCUGGUUUGCGGCGGGUCACCGAAUUCAGGCCCUGGACUGCAACAUGGGCGCCUUCAUCGGCGAGGCUUUCAAGAUUCCAUAUGUGCUUCGGCGGUUUCUGCCCCUGGGCCAGAAGAACCGUGUGGCUGCUCGCUGUCGCUACCUGGGAUUCCGGGAGUAUAUCUACACCGGCCGAGAGGGGACAGUGGGCAAAUGCCAUGCAGCCGCGGAGUGGACCUUUGGUACCAUCUACCAGCGAUUUCUGAGCGGCAUGGGCAUCCGAAUGCACUACGGUCAUCCAGAUUUUGUUUGCGCCUUUUGGGCGCGAAAUCGAGGUGGAAUGAGUAAAGGCUCUGCCGUUGUAAACCUCAGCGAGGACAUUUUUGCAGGUUACAACCUCCACAUGCGCGCCGAAGCGUCGCCGCACGUGGACGUGUUGGAGUUCGAGAAGGGGCGCGAGGCCGCUUUCAACGCUGCGUCGCUCUUCUUCUCGAAGAUUUCCGCGGGAAGCGUGGGCAUAAUUCGUUCUCGAGACAAUCACCUGCUAUGCGAAAGGAUUGGUGUUCUUCAUUCUUUAUCGUUCUACUUCACCUCCGUAGCAUUCUACGUUAGCAAUCUCUUGAUCGAUUUCUCCAUCACACUAUACGUCACACUUUUUAUAGUCUUCACGCUAGCCAACAUUGACUUGACGAAGCUCUCGGCUUUGGGCUCCUCCUUCAAUGGGGAGUGGCUGUUGUCGCUGGGCAUCAUGAGUCUCGUCCCGCAGUUUUGCGAGAUGAUCCUCGAGUUUGGAGCCAACCGAGCAUGCAGGGAGGUCUUCGGCGGCCUGCCGGCAUCGACGAUGUUCUUCAUUUUCCAAAACAAAAGCAUCGCCGCGGCCAUGCGCGCUGGCGCCAUCUCCGGACUCGCAAGGUAUGCAGGGACUGGGCGACCUUUGGCGAACCUCCACCAGACUUGGAAGGACAACUACUGCAACUACUUCAAGUCGCACUACACACCCUCGAUCCGUCUUAUGGUGUUGUACAUCGUUUACAACCUGCUCGCAAGCCAGACAUUUCAGGGUCAGCUGCCAAUGUUCUUGGUGGUUAUCUCUUUCACAUUCUGGAUCGUGACGCCCGUGAUCUUUGCGCCGUUUGCGAGAUGCACAUUGAUCACACAGGACCUGCGAGACUUCAACGGCUUCAUCAAUGGUCGUGCUGGCAUCUCAGAGGCCGAGCUCGACGACCUCGUCGAUCGUGGCCGGAAGAACAAGAUGCCACGCACUCUCUUCGAAUGCGGUUUAACGGACGCCAUCCUCUACUGGACAGAUGUGCCGUGCUCGGUGCUUCUUGCCAAGCUCGUCGGCAGGUUUGUGUUCUGUGCUGCGCUAGCGGUGGCGCUGCCUUCGGAGAUCAUGGACUUCAUCUGGGUCUACUCGGUUCUUCUCUGUUUCCAGUGGUUGCUGGUCUUCGGCUUCUUCUACUUCAAUCUGAACAACAUCCUUCUCAUGUCGUCAUGGCUGGUUUGGCUCGCAGUUUUUCUCGUGGGCCGCCUUUAUGUCAUCGGCGUGAUUGGCGAGCAAGCCACGACACCCUCGCUUUGGGUGCGUCUUCCGGAGUUCUUCAUUUCGUUUCUCGUUUUCGUGGAGUACUUAGGUUUCCUGCACCACCUGGUCCUCACGGUCUUUCGCCUAGCGGUGGCAGCAGUGUCGGAGGACGGCUGCUUAUGCCUCCACAUGAAGCGGCGCAUCCCACGUGAAGCCAGCAACCGAAGGCUGCAUCGGUGCAUUCGGCUCGCCCAUGUGUUCUUCUUCUCGCAUCAACUGCAUACCUUACAGGCCUACAUCGUGCUUGUCGCAAAUCUGAUGACUUCCCUGUUCCUCGCGAGCACGGACAAGGUCUUUUGCAACCUGAGAAUACACACGUGGUGGCUUCUCAACUCGGUUGCUGGAGACCCGAAGUACUUGGAGAGCGAGACGACGUGGCUGGAGGAUGCGAACAGGCUCGGCUUAUCGGACACGUCCUCUACGGUUACAGCCGGCGACACGUCCGAGGAAGCCAACGACAGCGGCUCGUCCGAG